ACAAAUGUAUUUAUUUUCACAAUCACUAAUAUUUUGUUAUCGUCUCAUCGUCUUCGGUUGAGAAAGUUGCAGUAAAAUAUCUCAAAUUUUUAAACGUAUAUGGUGAUAAUCUUUCAACAUUUAAUUUAAAAAGAGUACUUUUCAUUUUUCAUUUUUGAUUUGCGUUUGUGUCUCUUGGUCACAGUCGAUUGACUAUUAUGCCCGUAUUUUUUCCAGCAGUUGAGCAUUAUUGAGUAUUAUCAUGCUUAUAAUUGAAUCUUAUCAGUGGCAUUAGGAUAAUGAAAUCUCGCAACUCGAGAAAAACCACCCUUCAUCUAGGUUUUUCUCCUCUCACACUGAAGGAUAUGGUUUCAUCGCAUUGUGCUUUCGUUUGCUGGUGUCUCGAGUUGGAUACUCCUAACUCCGAACGUAUCUGGGGAAAUACUUGGUUUAAGGAGCGUACAUUCCACUGCGAAGAUAUUUUACCUGUUCCAGUGGAAAUCAGAUCGAUAAUUAAUGAUAAAAUCCGACUUAUCGGGCAAGAGCUCGAAAAUUGGUUAGUUCACCACCUGCAAAUCAUCAAUUUUAUACCUCGUCAAGUUAUGGCCAGUUGUAUAUUCUUGAACUCACCAGUCGGCGAUGUUUGCUACAAGCGAACUGCUCAGAAUCUACUCGAAGUAAAUUAUUACGCGUUCAAUCUAAGGGAACAAUUUAAAAUAGCAUGCAGGUAUUGCUUCGAGGAAGACGUGAGACGUUUGUGGGCCUUUUUAAAGGAUGAUCCGGUAUUGCGUAAAUAUUCUUUCAAUAAUAUAGAAUCGCGUCCAGGCUACGUUCAUUCGAUGGAUUAUUGGUGCUCGCUAAUGAGAGGCGAAUUGAAAAAAUUCUACGGAUGUGGAUCCGAAGCAAAGUCGCCCGAAUGGUACGUGAUUUCAAAUCGCCCACGUAUGACGAUAUGGGCAGAAAUGGAAUACUAUUGGGAUAAAUUAAACGACAAAGAACGAAAUACCCUGCAUCGCAUUUUUGCCGAUAAAAACCUCACCAAAGAUCUGAUUUUCAAAUACAACUUGCACCAAGGCGUUCACAUUGUGCUAUUAAGGCCUUAUCAAACUUUACACAACCUCGCCGAAAACGAACUCUAUUUCCAUUACACUUUGCAAGUUUGGGACUGCGUAAAGCACUCGAUAACCAGAGAUAGUUUAUUUUUCCACAGAAUUCUCAUCAUAUUAUUACCUAUGGCGUUCAAUCAAACACGUAAGCCUAAGCACAGUGAUCAUAUGGUGAAAUUAAUCAAACAAAUAUGGCUCUCCACUCCGCAAGACUUGAAGAACUUUAUUUGUACAUCUCACGAACGUGUUCAACUCGUGUUCGAAAUAAGUAAAAGGUACCUAUGUAGAUAUUCGUUUUUUUGGUCGCGAUAUUAGUUUUUUUAUUCAAUUACUCAGAGAUACCGCCAGCAUAAAAAUCCGCCAUCAAAUCUGGCUACAUUGGUGGCGAAGAUUAAUUACUGUGGCUAAAGUCUCGGACUUGAUCGAGUUGACGACGUUAUGUCUUCGCAACGCAGAUAAUAUUGUCCAGUUUAAACGCGACGUUAUGUUGAACGACGAAAUACUGCAAGGAGUUUUCACGCAAUUCAUCAAACACGGAUAUUAUAACGAGUUCGCCGAUUAUUUGAAAUUUUGUAGUUCCGAUAAUGGCAAAAAGUAAGUAGGUAUGCGUACGACGUAGAAACAAAAAAGAAACGUUCACAAAAGAUGUUACCAUUUUUCUCCACAGUGUUUUUAUGCUUACGAGUAACCUGUGUUUAGUGGACUUUUGCUGCAAUUUUUGUACACUUUCUGUUAUAUUUCCUGAAGAUUUGUGAACAUUUUUUAAGUUUAUCUAUAGCCAUGAGCAAUAUAUUAUAUUUUAUUCAUACUAUA